AUGAAUCCCCUGAUGGACAGCCAGUACCGCAGGGACAUGUGUUUCCCCUACGCCCGGUCCACCUAUGGAAGUCCCGUGUCCACCACCAUGGUGCCGAGACUGUCGUCUGACGGCGGGUUUCUGAUCUUUCGGGAGCCAUCUCCGAGACGAGGCACGGUGGCCCAGGCCGGGUUUGGCGGCGGCAACAAUCCCAUGCGUGUACCUGUCGUCACCCCGGAUGGCAUCGCCGCUCCAACGUCGUCGGGCAGUAUGCCGCGAGCGCCAUUGGAUACAAACAGCGCCGACACCCCGAGGGAUGGUGUGUCGCCUGGAUUGAAGUCCCACCUCGACGACGCCUAUGUCGUCGAGGAUGGUCACACCGUGGAUCCGCAGGAACUGCCCAGACCAACCACUCACGGUCUUCUUUUGAACAAGCUUGACUUGCCUGACACGCCGAAUUUCUUGCCCUUCAUACCUCGGGGUACCAUGUCAUACAUGUCAAGUGGCGUCCAGGCCGAAUUCAAACUUUGGGGGGGCCUCCCGAUCGGCUUUUUCGUCGUGGAUGGUAAAUGGAUGGCCUACCGGCUAAAUUACUUCGCAGCCACCGGCACUGUCACCAUCAGCCCUUGGUACCCCGAGCGCCACUUGGUUUUCACCUCCGACGACCGCCGUACCUCUGGCUAUGUUGUUGGCUUUGGCCUGGGUGUCUCAGCUAAGCACGCCCAGAAAGAAGACGAAGCCGCGCCAAAGCUGCGUCAAUUCACCUCAAAGCGCGUCAAGAAUGAGACUUCUGACCCCGGUAUCAUUGAUCUGAAUCCCUGCAAAGUAUCGGAAACACCUGAGGGCAAGGAGGUCCCCGACAUCUGGGUCAAUCGUACCGACGCCAAAUGGGCCACCAAGGAGGGCGUCACGCAACACACCUACAAUCGCUUACAGUUCACCAAGGCCACCCUAAACAGACAGACACAGAAGUUCUUCCAAGUGGAGAUGAUCCUGUACGCCAAGUUGGUCGAUCAGCGAGGAUACCCUGUCGAGUUCGGCACAACCUCGGACGGGUGGUCGGUCAUCGGCAGCGUGUCGUCGACGAAGUUCAUAGUGCGCGGCCGCAAAAAGGGCUACUACGUCAAGAAGGAGGAGGAAAGGAAGGCGGAAAGUGAGAAGGAAAGGUUGGCAAUGCAAGAAUACAUGGAGGAUUCCACUGAGUGA